UGUGGAGGACGUGAUCUCGUUUUGCUGGAAGCGAGGCGCUAACUACCACCUACGUCACGGUCGGGUGUUCGCAGUUUACGACAAAACACCGAGCAUUCACUGCCAGCUGCAAAACGCCUUUUAUUUCGGGCCAAUGUCGUCACGCGAUUUAUUCCUUUAGCUUUAUCUUCACUGGGGCCCCGAAAUCAGCGCCGUUGCCACAUGGUUACGCCCGAAUUGCCUCGGUCGGUCUUCUCUAACGUCCGAUAUUACCAUUUGCCGCCCCAAGGCGCGCUGUGCCCUAGCAGGAAUUUCAGAGUGGAGUUGGAAAUUUUAUUCUUAUAAAGCCAGUCGCAUAUCCCCGAAAGACCUAAGUCGCUCCGACACAUGCCGUAUCUCAUCGAAUUGCGCGUCGAAUUGCACAUUACACACCCGUCAUGGACCCGUCCGACAAGAUGAUCGAGAAGGCGGAAGAAGACGCUGUCAGUCCAGCACGAUUUCCAGAGUCCAGGACAGAACACCCCGAGGCGAAAGAACAGCAUGAACCGCUUGCGCGAACCGCCACAUCGUCCACCACCUCGACUUCGAGCUCGUCUUCCUCAGAUGCCUCGGCCGAAGAACGCGGUACAGGCAUGUCACGAAUGCCGACCGAGCGCGACGAAUUAGUAGAUCUAGAACGAAACCAAACGGCAAUAACUCGGAUUCAAACAAUCAGGAGCCAGCAUAGUGCGACAGUUGGAGCGACGUUGAAGAGCAGGCAGUCAAGGAAACCUCUGCCGUCCUUUGGGGCUGGAAAGCCGUUUCCCCCACCACUGCCUGAGAGAGAAGAGUAUGUGGUCGAGUUUGACGGUGUUGAUGACCCGUUGCAUGCCCAAAAUUGGACUUUAAGGAAGAAGAUUUUGACGGCAGCCAUGUUGGGCUUCACGACUCUCACGUCCGCAUUUGGAAGCUCAAUCUUCAGCGCAGCGACACGUGUGGUAGCCCACCAAUACGGUGUCGGGACAACCGUGGGCGUCCUGGGAACUUCUUUCUACGUCUUGGGGUUUGCAACAGGCCCUAUACUUUGGGCUCCUUUUUCCGAACUAAGGGGACGGCGGUUACCUCUUGUUCUAGCAUCAUUCGGGUUCUCUAUCUUCAAUGUGGCGGUGGCAACUGGGAAAGAUCUGCAAACAAUUUUGAUCUGUCGAUUCUGGAGUGGUUUCUUUGGAGCUUGUCCAUUAACUUGCGUCGCCGCCGUAUUUUCAGACAUGUUCAACAAUCGUACUCGAGGGAUGGCAGUCACAAUAUUUUCCAUGACCGUCUUCACCGGACCUCUUCUCGCUCCCUUCAUUGGAGGCUUCAUUGUCAUGUCCGAUCUAGGCUGGCGCUGGACCGAAUAUAUUGUUACCAUUAUGGGCUUUGUGGCCUUUGGCUUGAAUCUUUUCUUCCUUAGUGAAUCUUAUCCCCCGGUAAUUCUAGUCGCCAAAGCUGCGGAGCUGCGGCGGAGGACUAAGAAUUGGGGAAUCCACGCCAAGCAGGAGGAAAUCGAAAUCGACUUCCGCGAGUUGCUAGAAAAGAAUUUCAGUCGCCCGCUCAGAAUGUUAGUUAGUGAGCCAAUUGUGCUCCUCUUAUCGAUAUAUAUGGCCUUCAUUUAUGGGUUACUGUAUCUAUUCCUGACGGCAUAUCCCCUGGUAUUCCAAGGUGUUCACCAUAUGAACCUAGGAGUUGGUGGCCUGCCAUUCUUUGGUAUGAUUACUGGACAACUUCUUGCCGGGACGAUGAUCUUCAUAAGGCAGCCUUCAUAUCAGAAGAAGCUUGCGGCGAACAACGAUGUGCCUAUUCCAGAGUGGCGGUUGCCGGAGGUCAUUCUAGGAGGGGCAUGUUUCGCGGUUGGAAUCUUCUGGUUUGGAUGGACUGGAUAUAAGGAAUCCAUCCAUUGGAUUGUACCCACAUUGUCUGGUAUUCUGAUUGGCUUCGGUCUGCUGAGUAUCUUCCUACAAGCAUUGAACUACCUCGUCGAUGCGUAUCUGAUGUUCGCCGCCUCGGCCAUAGCAGCAAACACCUUCCUACGGAGUCUGUGCGGUGCUGCAUUCCCUCUUUUCGCACAACAAAUGUUCCAAGGAAUGGGCAUCCAAUGGGCCGCCACUUUGCUGGGAUGCAUCGCUAUUGCUCUAGUACCAGUACCCGUCUGGUUCUAUCUUAGAGGUGCGAAGAUCAGAGAGAGGAGUCAGUUUGCGCCGACGCCGAAGCCGAUGGGUGCGCAGCAGUAGAUCACGUGCAGUGGUAAGGGUGGAGAUGGAAAAAAAUUAAAAUAAUAACGGCUUAUUCACAUUUAUUGUGGGACUUUAGCAGGGAGGGUUCGACCAAUUAAACGGUUUGCUAGAUGUUAGGAGGAUAUUAACAGAAU